GGACUCGAACAAGAGGACUCAAACAAGAGGACCUGAGCAAGAGGACUCGAAAGAAGAGGGACUUAACAAGAGGACUCCGAAAAUAGACCCAAGAGGGACUCCGGAACAAGAGAACUCGAACAAGAGACCGAAACAAGAGGACCUGAACAGAGGACUGAACAAGAGGACUCGAACAAGAGGACUGAACAAGAGGACCCGAGGAGGACUCGAAACAGAGGAAUCAAACAAGAGGACUCGAACAAGAGGACUCCGAACAAGAGACGGCAAGAGGACUCGGAAAAGAGACCCGAAAAAGAGGACUCAAACAAGAGGACGAACAAGAGGACUGAACAAGAGGAAACAAGAGGACCGAGCAAGAGGAUUCGAACAAGAGGACAUAGAACAGAAAGGAGGACUCAGAACAAGAGACAAAGAGGACCUAGAACAAAGAGACUUCGAACAAGAGACGGAACAAGACUCUGAACAAGAGACGAACAAGAGGAGACUCGAAACAAGAGGACUCAAGAAGAGGACUCGAACAAGAGGACUAGAACAAGAGGACCUCGAACAAGAGGACUCCGAAUCAAGAGGACUCGGAGCAAGAGGGCUCGAAACAAGAGGACUCAAACAAGAGGACUCGAACAAGAGGACCCGAACAAGAGAUUCGAACAAGGGACCCGAACAAGAGGACUCGAAACAAGAGGACCUGAACAAGAGGACUGAACAAGAGGACUCCGAACAAGAGGAUCUGAACAAGAGGACCUCGAACAAGAGGACUCCGAACAAGAGGACUCAAACAAGAGGACUGAAACAAAGGAUUCCUCGAACAAGAGGAUUCCUGAACAAGGACUCAGAGCAAGAGGACUCCGAACAAGAGAUUCCGAACAAGAGGAUCGAACAAGAGGGACUGAAACAAGAGGACCCGGAACAAGAGACUCGAACAAGAGGACUCGAACAAGAGGACUCGAACAAGAGGACUCGAGCAAGAGGACUCGAACAAGAGGACUCGAACAAGAGGACUCGAACAAGAGGACUCGAACAAGAGGACUCGAGCAAGAGGACUCGAACAAGAGGACUCGAACAAGAGGACUCGAGACUCCGGAACAAGAGGACUCGAACAAGAGGACUCCGAACAAGAGGAAUCGAACAAGAGGAUCUAAAACAAGAGGACUCCAAACAAGAGGAUUCCGAACAAGAGGACUCUGAACAAGAGGACUCCGGAAACAAAAGGACUCGGAACAAGAGGAUUCCGAACAAGAGGACUCUGGAAAUAAGAGGAUUCCUGAACAAGAGGACUCAAACAAGAGGACUCCAAACACGAGAGGACUCGAACAAGAGGACUCGGAACAAGAGGACUCAAACAAGAGGACUCCGAAAUCAAGAGGACUCCGGAGCAAGAGGACUCCGAACAAGAGGACUCAAAACAAGAGGACUCGAACAAGAGGACUCAAACAAGAGGACUCAAACAAGAGGACUCGAACAAGAGGACUCGAACAAAAGGACUCAAACAAGAGGACUCGAACAAGAGGACUCGAACAAGAGGACUCGAACAAGAGGACUCGAACAAGAGGACUCAAACAAGAGGACUCGAACAAAAGGACUCAAACAAGAGGACUCAAAAAGGACUCAAACAAGAGGACUCCAAAACAAGAGGACUCGAACAAGAGGACUCAAACAAGAGACUCAAAGAGGACUCGAACAAGAGGACUCGAACAAGAGGACUCGAACAAGAGGACUCGAACAAGAGGACUCGAACAAGAGGACUCGAACAAGAGGACUCGAGCAAGAGGACUCGAACAAGAGGACUCGAACAAGAGGACUCGAACAAGAGGACUCGAACAAGAGGACUCGAGCAAGAGGACUCGAACAAGAGGACUCGAACAAGAGGACUCGAGCAAGAGGACUCGAACAAGAGGACUCGAACAAGAGGACUCGAACAAGAGGACUCGAACAAGAGGACUCAAACAAGAGGACUCGAACAAGAGGACUCGAACAAGAGGACUCAAACAAGAGGACUCGAGCAAGAGGACUCGAACAAGAGGACUCGAACAAGAGGACUCGAACAAGAGGACUCAAACAAGAGGACUCGAACAAGAGGACUCGAACAAGAGGACUCAAACAAGAGGACUCGUACUAUAGGCAUAAUAUAUCAUAA